AGCAAACAAAGAGGAGGGGAAAAAAUGAAGAGUCUCUCUUUCAAUUAAGUCUCGGCCCCUCGCGCCAUUUUCUUCUCUCUUUACAGUCUUUCCUUAGAAUUGACUCAAUGGCUCUUAGAAAAAUCUUUUAGUUAGUGUUUUCAUCUUUUAAUUUGAAUUUUAUUUUGUAAUUUUGUCAAUUUAAAGCUGUCGACAUUAUGGAGAAAAAAGCCAAAAUGACGGAAGGUACAAAAGCGUUGUGGAAAGGACGCUAUGGAGUGUUACGGAAAGCAGAAACAAAGAAAGGUAGUUCAAGCAGCUCCACUGAUGAAGAGGAAACUGACGGAGAACCUAGAACAAGUAAGAGGGUUCGAUCACAAUAUCAACCAUUCCAAUCUCCCGAAGCUUUAGCGGUUUUGGCUCCAGCUCUUUACAAGCCACCAACCAAACCUUGCUCAAUUUCUAAAAGCAAUGACGAUAAAAUAGUUGUGUUCAGUAAAGGGGAUUUUCUUGCUGUUCGUAAUGAGGAAGGUACAUUUUUUGUGUGUCGAACUGCUCAAAACGUUUACAAAAGCAGCCGUAAAUUCAAAAUUCAAUGGUUAAAUGAUGAAAAAGAGCCUGGUAUUUACACCCCCGAUUUCUAUGACACAACUGAUUUUGAAUGUGUUCUUACCAAUCUCAAGAUGAACCGUAAAGACAAAACAAGAUAUCAGCUGCCUGCUGAUGAAAGGAAACGAACUAUGAACAUUCUUGAAAGAGCAAUAAAUGUUCAAAAAGGUUUAACCGAAGUCCCUGAUCCGCGCAAAGUAGUCAGCGAUGGAGUAGAUGUCAGUAUAGUCGGUAGAGAAGAAGAAGAAGAACUUAACAAAAUAAGUCCAAAACCAACAAUUAAAAUAGCCAAAGAGAAACCUGCCAAGGUUUGCUCUGCUCGUUCUAAAAGAUCCAGUACCAAUGGUGAAAGAGAUGUCAGUCUAAGAGAGCGGCGCAGAUCGACUGAAACUAAUCAUAAAGCUACGCCAUCAACCUCUGUUAAACGUGAACGCAGAGCAUCAAAUCCUGCUCCUGAAACACCUGCUUCAGAGGAUCGCAGAAGUACUCGCUCUAGUAGCCGAAGUGUAAAAGAAGAGAAAAAGCCUCCACCAACUCCGACUCCAUCAACAUCAGCUAUUAAAUCAACACCAUCUAUUCGAAAAAGACGUUCGAGUAAUAAUGACCAAUCUUCAAGCAAAGAAACCGUCAAAAGUGAAGUGCGUAGUUCAAGAUCGCACGUCGACAGAUCAAACCACUCAGAAAAAGUAAGACAACCAACAAGCAUGAGAAUAGUCAAUAUGAACGCUCACGAAGCUAAACGUCCUAAGAUUAGAAUCUCGCUAACUCCUAACCUCAAAGUCCCUGAGAUGGAGCGUGAACUAACAUUCGAAUCUCGAGAUGAAAUUCCUGAGGUUUCAAGUCUAGUUGAUAGUAAAUUGUUGAUUAGAGCUGUUAAUCGUAAAGAUUAUGAACUGAUUGACAAAAUGGUUGUUGAAGGAAAAGUUUGUUCAUUCUGUGUGCCAAGAAGUCUCAAUAUUAGGAGAGAUGCUCUAUCAUAUGCCAUACAAAAAGAAGAUUUGUCUGCCAUAAAAAUGCUUAUGGAUAAAAAGUAUUUGGCUCGUCUUGUGUCAUUCCCUGACGUUCUUAUUACUCGGAGUCCGGGUAAAAAACAAAAUAUCCUGAUAUUAGGUCAAGCCAAUUCUACACCCGAAGCUAUGGAAGUGUUAUUGCAAGAUUUAUCUCAUAACUAUGAUUAUCGAUGUCUUCGUCAGCGAACAUAUUUAAACAGCGAAAUCAUCAAAGAAGCACUUAAGUUCGGUAUCUCUGUUGAGACCAUAGAUAAAUUUUGUUCUUUAGAAUGCGAUAAGUCAUCAAAUAUACUGACACUCUUUCUUAACAAUAUCUCAUCUGCUGUCAAGUAUGGUCAUCGAGAAAUUGCCCAUCAUCUUGUCCAAAUAGCAAUCCGAAAAGGUGGAUUCGGCUUUCAUACUUUACACAAAGAAGCUCUUCAAGAGAAAGAACUUUUCUCGAUCGCUAAACCGUCUCUAGUCUCUAGUAGAAGUAUCAGCAAUUGCAAUAUAACUCCAAUUCAUUGCGCAGCUAUUAAUCCUGAUGAAUACUAUAUCUCAACGCUUUUGGAAUCUCAUAGCGAUAGCUACUCAGUGCAAGAUACCGAAGGUUGGCAUCCAAUACACUAUGCGGCAGUCUGUGAAUCCAGAGGACCACUUAAAUACUUAAUCUCCAAAGGAAUACCGACUUUGGUUAAAGACAAAGAAGGCAAUACUCCUCUUCACUUGGCUUGCCUGGCUGGAAGAGUUCACAAUGUUGAAUUAAUUCUGUCUCAUGAAGCAAAUAACAGUGGAGAUAAACAUAGUUGUAUCGAGAGGCAGAAUAAGGAAGGUUUGACUCCACUUCAUAUUGCUUGUGAAAAAGGAAAAGAAGAAAAUGUCAAAAUUUUACUCGAAAGUGGUGCUGACCCUGAAAAGGUUACUCUUACUGGCAAUGAUAAAUUAACCCCAUUAAUGAUUGCGUCUCAAAAUGGUCAUCUUGGUGUUGUAAAAAUGCUGGUGGAAAAAGGUGUUGAUGUUGAGGCACUUGAUAGAAGAGAUCGUACUGCUCUAUUGCACGCUAUUAUAAAUGGCCAUUCACAUGUCGUUUCAUUCCUCUUAAGACUCGGUGCUAAUCCGAAUACAAAAGAAAGCUUCGGUAAUACAGCUGUUCAUUUCGCUGUUGCAUACGGAUGGUAUUUCACCCUGAAACUGCUCAUCGAUGCAGGCGCCAAAAUUAACGAACCAAAUGUUUGCAAUAUCACACCCCUUAUGAUUGGAUAUAUUAAAGGUCACCUUGGCCUGGUAGAAAUGUUAGCCAAUGCAGGUGUUACAUUGGAUUCACAAGUUUUGGACAGUAGUGGUCAAACUUUAUUGAUGGAGACAAUCAAAUCAAGACCAGGAAAAUCAAUGAUUGAUAGGAUUAUGUUCCUUGCAAACCAUAAAGUUGAUUUUACACAAUCGGAUAGAGAAGGAAAUAAUGCCUUCCAUUACCUUGCUGACUAUGGCGAAUACCUUGUUGAUGAACCGGAUCCUGCAAAUAAUGAUGAGUAGGAAGGAGAUGACUUUUGUUCAGAGGAUGAAGAAGUUGCCAUAAAAAAACAAGAAUUCAACCAUCGCAAGAUCAAUCGAUUUAAG